AUGUCGGGAAAUUAUCGCAGAUGGACAGAUUUAGAGAAAGAUUACCUCCGUCGUCACGGCCCAAAAUCAGGCGAUAAUGUAGCGCCGGAAAUCUGGGUUAAACUAACUGAUGAUCUAAAUGAUAGAAUCAAAGAGUGGUGCAGAAAGAAUCCAUAUCUAGUAACUAUUCCUGGAAAGCCAAAAGAUUCAAAACCUCGAGAACCUUGGACACGAACCUUAGUUGCGAUUCAAGGUUAUUACACAACUGAUGGCUUCUCAGAACUCUAUCCCGAAAAAGGGCCGGCGGCGAGACCCAAGAAUUUGGUCAAACCGGUCUCUAGGUAUACCAAAGAUACUGAAUUGUCGAAAUACCCACCAGAACUUGAUUUUCAACUAAAAAAAAUGAUUGAUGACAACCCAGAUUGGAAGGCUAUCUUGAAAAAGUGUAAGGAGCUUGGGGGAGAGGGCAAUGAAUACACACAUGGGUCCGUCCGGAAUCGUCAUACCAAAUUUUUGAAGGACGUAAGUCUUGAAGUGCUACAAAAUCGAGCAGAGAAGGUCGCGAAGCAACAAAAUGCGUCAGACUGCCUACUAUCACAACCAUCUGAUGGGGGGUCUUCUUCUACCAAGCAGGAAGUAGGAAGGGCACUACGCACAACUGAAACUGGAGGUAGCGACACUAGUAGGUCUAUACGAACAGAUGAGCGAGAUAAUAGGAAAGAAGGGGAGUCUUCGAGGAACCGACAAUCCCUUCCAAUGCCCAGAUCAUCUGCGAGAUCUCCUUCAGGUAGCAGACAAGAAGGAAAAAGACCAGUACGCGCAACUGAACUUCAAGAUCGUAAAACAAAUCAGCCACUGGCUCCUGCUGGUGGUUCAGGCAACGAUCAAGAAAAGCCUGUAGCCAAAACUGGAGCAAAAUCUACGCGAGAAGGAAGCCAAAGAAACAGUCAAGAGAACCGAAUGCCUCAAAAAGCUAGCGUCAAACGUGAUAAGUACAGAGAGCGCAAAGAUCCCGCAAUUAAGGAACUUGAGGAAGGCGAGAUUCUUGAGAUUAAACGUACUGAUACUGGAAGAUCCAAUAGUCCAGACAAACAACAUAACAGAGAUAGUCGUCUAGAAAAGAAGGCCAAGGAGCGCCGAGAAAAGGAGCUGAAGAAUCCUUUCGGUCGAAGAUGA